GAUAGACAUUUGGAUUGGUGCCGACGCCUCGUCCAUGUCCAGAUAGGCAUUUGAAUUGGUGCGGACAACUUGAAUUGAUAGGUCAUUGUGUGCCAUGAGAAUUGUCCAAUAGAUGGCCCAUGUCCAUGUGUGGAUAGGCAUUUAGAUUGGUCCCGACACCUUGAAUUGAUUGGUCAUUGUGUGCCAUGAGAAUUGUCCAAUAGAGCAAAGCAAGAUGGGCCAUGUGUAGAUAGGCAUUUAGAUCGCUGCCGACAUCUUGAAUUGAUUGUUCAUUGUGUGCCAUAAGAAUUGUUCAACUUUUAUACAACUUUUUCUCAUCCUUUGAUUGAAGGGAAGCUCAAACAAUAUGCAACUAUCCAUUUGCAUAAUUUUCUGAUCCCAUUCAAAUUUAUCUUUUAUAUGAAAGGCAACUUCACUCACCUGAGUCCAACUGAACCCCUAUACACUCGUAUAAUUUGGUUGGUUUACUGAUUCGAAGAUAAUCUCUUUCUUUCUUUCUCCAUGGAAGCAAUAGUUUUUGAGAUCAUCAUUUACCAGAGGAUUGAUGUCGUCAUAUCCAAUUAUCUUGGAUAAAUCAGUUGAAAAGCCCUGGCCAGGUGCAUGAAUGAUUCCUAAAUCUAGAGGCCCACACAAAGAACAGAACAAAGUAAGAUGACCCAUAUGUAGAUAAGCAUUGGAUUGGUGUGGACCAGGCCAUUAAUUUCAUGAUCGUUGUGCGCCACAAGAAUUGUCCAGCUUUUGUAUUACUUUAUCUCAUCCUAUAAUUGUAGGUGAUCUCAUAUAGUAUGAAACUGUUCCAGUUGCAUAAUUUUUCUGACAGGCAAUUACGAGUAAUUGGCAUUGAAAAGAUGAAGCUUUUCUUUUCUAGGUGGCCUUCUCCAAAACAAGAAACGAAGCUCCGUGUUAGUUUUUAAAGGAAGGUGUUACCUGGGGGUUUGAUAGCACCAAAACUUGAGUAGUUCCUUCUUGAGAGAAUCAGUUCCAUCCAGAGUUAAGAAAGGGUCAGUGAGAGAACACUACAAUGGCGACAGAUGCGGUGGUUUCCUUUGCGAUUGAAAGGUUCGGUGACAUGCUCAUUCAAGAAGCAAUUUUCUUGAAGGGGGUACGGGGGAAAGUCGAGAGGCUGAAUCAAGAUCUAGGGGCCAUGAAAUGCUUCUUGGAAGAAGCGGAGAAGAAGCAAGAAGAAGAUUCAACUGUGCGCAAGUGGGUUUCUGAAAUCCGUGAUGCGGUUUAUGAUGUUGAGGACAUCAUAGACAUGUUCAUUCUGAAUGCAGAGUCCCUGAGAACAGACUACUUUCUCAAGCGUGUCUUCAAGAAGUUGAUAAACCGCCAUAAGGUUGGCAAGAAAAUUGAAGACAUCCAACUUACCCUCCAAGACAUCUCAAAUAGGCGGGAGGCUCUCGGAAUAAAAAAUAUUGGAGAAGGAACAAGCCGUUCGGGUCAAAUGUUGCAGGAUCUAAGACGCUCCUCUCCUCGCGCAGAAGAACGUGUCAUCGUGGGCCUUACAGAGGAGGCAGAUAAGCUGGUGAAGCAGCUCACCGUAGGAGACCAAAGGCGCCGCGUGAUUUCCGUGGUAGGAAUGGGCGGCAUAGGCAAAACCACCCUUGCCAAGAAGGUCUAUAAUCAUGAAAAAAUUGUGGAACACUUUCCAGAUUGUCGUGCCUGGAUUUAUGUAUCCCAAGAUUGUAGACCCAGAGAGGUUUAUAUGCAAAUUAUUAACCAGGUUUCUGCACCGACUAAAGAGCAAGCAGAAAUGAUAGAGAAGUGUGGAGAGAACGAGUUGGGGGAUUUCCUUCAUGAUCAUUUGAAGGAGAAAAAAUAUUUGAUAGUUCUGGAUGAUGUAUGGAACUGUGCCGAUUGGGAUUUUCUUGCAAAAGUGAGCAGCAACGAUCCUGAUUGCCCUGGAAAUGUUUUUCCCGAUGGGAGUAACGGCAGCAGAUUACUUCUUACAACUCGAUAUAAGGAUGUUGCUUUGCAUGCAGAUGCUCGAACUAUUCCCCAUGAAAUGCGGCUUCUUUCGAAACAACAGAGCUGGGACUUGUUUUGUAGGAAGGCGUUCCUUGAUGCUGAUAGCGAGAGGUAUCCUCCAGAUUUGAAGGAACUUGGGGAAGAGAUGGUGGACAAAUGUAAUGGUUUGCCAUUGGCCAUCGUUGUAUUGGGGGGUUUGCUGUCAAGAAAUAUGUCACAUACAGAAUGGAAGCAGGUGCACGAUAACAUUAGUGCACACCUUGAUAAAGAAGGCCAAAUGGGAGUAAUGACAAUGCUAAACCUGAGCUACAUCGACUUGCCCCAUUACUUGAAACCGUGCUUUCUUCAUUUAAGCCUCUUCCCAGAAGAUUAUGUGAUCUCCUCAAGAAAACUGCUCCUUUUAUGGACUGCUGAGGGUUUUGUGCGAGAAGAAGAUGACCGAAGAAUGAAAGACAUGGCUGAGGUUUACUUGAAUGAGUUAAUCAAUAGAAACUUGAUUCAAGUAGUGAGAAUGAGUGUUAAUGCAAGGGUUAUGGAAUGUCGAGUUCAUGACCUUAUACGAGAGUUGGCUAUUGAAAAGGCAAAAGAGCAAAACUUCAUGGGAACUAGUAUUGCAGAUCCUCUAUCCCCCUCCGCCAAUUUAUCUCUCCUAUCAUCUAAAUCCCGUCGACGAAGUAUUUAUUCUGACUUUGAGAGGUAUGCUUCCAUUGAACAUUCAAUUCCAUAUCUUCGCUCUCUCUUAUUUUUCAAUUUGGGGAAAAAUUGUAGAGCAUCACAACUAGACUUCAUUGCUAAAUGCUUCAAAGUGCUUAGAGUGUUAGAUUUGGAAGGUUUAGAAAUUGAAUGCCUACCCAGUAUAAUUGGGGAACUGAUUCAUUUAAGGUACUUGGGAUUAAGGCAUACUGGUCUAAAAAUGCUUCCAUCAUCUAUAAGCAACCUGAGGAGUUUGCAGACUUUGGAGAUAAACAAUCUUAGACAAGUGCCAAAUGUGAUAUGGAAGAUGAAAAACAUGAGAUAUCUUUACAUCGAGGGGCAAGAGGAAGAUGUUCCACUGCAAAUUGAUACGUUGCAAAAUCUUCAAAUUCUGUCGGGCAUAACCUUCAACCAAUGGAUUCAGAGCAAGUCAAUUGAGUUAACUUGUCUUGAGAAAUUGAAAUUAGAAGGAAGGUGUGAGGUAGAAGGGGUUAAGUUUUCAAACUCCAUUGCCGAGUUACGUAGUCUUAAAUCCUUGUACCUUAAGGCAUCAGAUGAUUCAUCCGUUCCAUCCCUUGCCAAGAACUCUUGCCUCCACCUCUCUAAGUUGGAUGUAAAGGGACACAUACAAAAAUUGCCUGAAAUUGUUGAAUUCUCACAAAGUCUAACACAAUUGACAUUGGAAGCAUCCAAGCUAGAUUGUGAUCCUAUGCCUAUUUUAGAGAAGCAGCCAAAAUUGUUGAUUCUCAGAUUAAGGGCAGACGCAUACCUUGGAGAUGAAAUGGAAGUGUCUGCGAAUGGGUUUCCUCGACUCCAAGUACUUCAACUUUCAGAGUUAAAAAGAUUAACGAAGUUGAAAAUAGGGCAAAAUGCGAUGCCAUGGCUUAUGCAUUUACAAAUUCAUUUAGAAAUGCAGAUCCUAGGAUUUAAAGGACUCCUAAAUCUAGUGGAGAUGGAUAUGUUCGAAAAGAACAGAUCUUUACAGCAUCUGGUUGGUAUAGAUUUAAAAUAUGCCAGGUUAGCCGUGGCAGCCAGCUUAGCCGUCUCCAGUGGCGCACUUCGUCCUUGGGUUUUUACACGGUACCUACAUUCAUCUAUCUACUCUAGAUUCCUUGAACUAUCAAUUUUUACUACUUGUCACUUACUUCUUCAAUUAACUUGCAAGACCAAUAUAAUUACUUUUGCUACAUUUUUUAAUGUUAUUUUAUUUAAUUUAUAGCAUAUUUGAAAAUGAAAUACAUGUUAGGAUUAUGUAUUUUCUCAUUUCAUAAAUUUGGAAAGCAACCUUUUCUUCUACCAAAACGAAUCCAUCUAGUGGCUUGAUGACCAUACUGCACCUUUCUUUGUAGACACAUUGAGCCUUAUGCAUUGCUAUUUCUCUAACAUGUUUUUCAAUUUCAUCACUUUUGCACAUUUGAUAGGUUUUAAAUUCAUGUGCAAAACCAAUAUAUAUUUGGAAAAAAAAUAAGACAGAUGCAAAUAUGUUUCGAUAUCCAAUCCAUACUAGGAAAAUAGCAGUACCAUUAAAUGGUUACUCAACUCCAUUGCUUUUAAACUAAUUAGAACUUCAAUUUUAAAUAUACAGUGGAAAGUUAAAACUGACUCAAAUUAUCUCUCUUCAACAUUGUAAGGAUGAAUUCUUUUUUUUCAAUUUUUUUAUUGUUCUUUUUAUUCAACUGACAUGCUUUGUUUGAUUUUUCUAUUCA